UUAUCGUUGUCAUUUGAUUUAAUAUUUUUAUGUUGUUUUUUUUUUUAUUGUACUACGAUCUACUAAAUCAAUGUGCUUUACUGAAAAUUUCAUCAAAAUAAAUAUAAAAAAAAUAUUAAAAUGAAGUGAGAUUUUUAAAAUGUGUUUAUGUCAUCAGAAACGGGAAGUGUGUUCCAGAAAAAAUAUUAGCUCAUGGCCGACUUGUUGAUCCAAGUAAACGUGAAGGCAAAUUUCGCAUACACAUCGAAGAUGUUGGCGUAGACGAAAUUAAAGCCACGUCAAAUGAUUAUUGGGUGAUACAUACCGAUUACACAUCUCACGCUGUGGUGUACAGUUGUCAGCUUUAUCUAUCCGACGGCACAUGUUCAUACAACCAUACAUCCGUAUGGCUAAUGUCUCGCUCACCAGCAUUGGAACCCGCUACUCGUGCAAGAAUUGUUAGGCUGUUGGCAGAUAUAUGCGUACCAGAAGAAAGGAUAAGACAAACGUCAAGAAGUUGCAUUGAGGUCAUUCAUGAAAAUGCAAACGAUGAUGACACUGAGACAACAAAUGGACAUGAAAUUACGGAAUACGAUGAGUGUAUCUUAACGAAUGUGACCCUCCAAUCUAACGUUGACUUCCAAAGAUACAUGGGGAAGUGGUAUGAAAUAGCUAAAAAAAGAACAACUGAGGAAUACGAAGUUCCUGAUUCUACUACUACGAUUUUAAGAAUGAUUGACAACAAUACUAUUGCAAUGCAACUUGAUCUUUUCAGAGUUUUUAACAAAUGUAUGGAUGUGACUGUAAAUGGAGUUGCUACGACCAACGGUGCUCAAUGGACGGUCACAUUUGACCCAGUUGGUGACGGUGAAAUUAGAACUGCUCCAUACUGGAUAAUCGAAACUGAUUAUGACAACUAUGCACUAGUAUAUGGCUGCAAAACUCAUGAAGACGGCACAUGUUCACACAGUGAAAACACUGUGUACGUGAUGGGGCGCCAGGAAACCUUAUCACAGAGGUACAUGGAUCGGGUCAACGAAAUUCUACCUUUGCUUUGCAUCGAACCCGAUGAUAUCAUCUUAACAAAACCAGAUGAAUGUCGAAGAUUUCCGUUGGGAACAGAAAAGUGUCUGGUGGAAGAGUUUCCUACCGUGAAAGAUUUCGACGUCUUAAAGCUACAUGGUGAGUGGUUUCAGAUAGGACGUCAACUGGAAGUCGACGGCGCUUCAUUUCCCAUCAUGCGCACAUUAUCGUUCUUGCCACACCCUGACGAUGACAGUGAUAUCAAGCUAAUACUUAAAGGAGUUAAGUUGUCUGGAGUUUGUGUCGAACAAGACAUUGUUGCACAUGGUUACUCAAUAAAAUCGCGUACGGGCGCACUGACUAUAUAUUUUCCACGUUGGAUGUCAGACCAUGGCAUUUCCAAUGAAGUCAAAUAUCAGGUUGUGCACACUGACUUCAAAAACAUUGUCGUAAUGUACGGAUGCCGAGUGUUAAAUGGAGAUGGUAGCUGUCAACUAGGUAAAAACAAUUUCCUAGUUUUAAGUCGCACAAAAAGUCCAACGGUGACGUCAUCAGAUCAAAUAUUAGAGAUUGCAUCAUUGCUGUGCAUCGAGAGUUCACAAAUCGUUUUCGAUCAAGAUACAUGCGCUGAAAUGAAGUACGGAAUACUAGGCAAUGUAAAUUCAGUUGGCGUUCAAGCAGGUUUUACCCAUGUUCCGCAGUCUCUCCCUAGCCUUCAUGUAACUCCGAGAAAGUGCAACCCCGAGAGGGAGGUAUACGGUUGCUGUACACUCAUCGAUGCUCCAGCUGUUGGACCAAACAAUGAAGGUUGCCCAAGUAUCCAUGAAAUUCAACCAGGUAUCAAUUCAGUAAAUAAGCAGGAGAAGUGUUGGGAGGAACUUCAAACAGUUACCGAAGAUGGCGCUACAACAUAUCUUACCUGUAAUGACGAUGGCACGUACACCGAGGUACAAUGUGAUGCGUCGUUGGGGGCGUGCUGGUGUGUUGAUCGUCAAACCGGUCAGAGCAAACCAGGCAGUGUAACAACUAUUAUGGAACAACCCGACUGUAGUUUGACUAACUGCCAGCGACAUAAGAAACGCAUCGAUGAUUAUCUAUCACGGAUAGAUAUGAAAGCCAUGCACUUCUAUCGGCCUAAUUGUGAGCACGAUGGCACAUACGCACCCACUCAAUGCUUCAACAGCUGGCGAUACUGCUGGUGCGUCGACACUGAAACGGGCAAAAAGUUUCCAGGCACGCUCGCUCAGGGAACAUUGCCAGUUUGUAGUGACAAAUUCGAAGCAUUGAAAAAUAGUUUUGGCAUCUAGAUGAUGCGUUUCAACGAAACAUUUUUCAGUCGUUGUCAGAGAUCCCAACUGUGUGGCAAAGUAUAUAAUUAAUGCUGGGCGGUUAUCAGGUAUUAGUACAAUAAUGAAACGUAGCUUAGGUAUAGUAAUGUUCUACUGCUUUCUCAAAAGUCCAAUACCUUUGUAUUGAGGCAAUUUAAUAUAUGAAAUGAAAAUAACUGAUUUUAAUUAAUUUGAUUGAAAACCAUCUUCUUUUAAAAACAUCUUUUAUUAUAACUUUUUACCGGUUUAUCUUAGAUUGUUACUUUGUUACAUUAAAAUAAAGAUAUAUUUAAAACUUGCAUCAAAUGAUCGGUUCCUGUCUUGUUCUUCGUUUUACGAUCUGUGCACUUAAGAAUACUUAAUUUGGAACAAACAGGAAUUUUUUUUUUAAUGUAAAGAUAACAUUAAAAUAACAGUUAAAUUCCGGAUAUUUCCAGAUCUGAAUAAACUUAUUCAUUAUAGAGAAAACUACUACAUAAUUGUUGCACAAAAACAUUUGUUAAUAACAACUUCAAUUAACGUGGUCGAUAGAGUGCCUCGAAAGUUAUGUGCAUGUAAGUGAGGUCCUUCUUGGAGUUUGUAACUGUUCAGUCUUUCCUUAGUUUUUGAAAUUGCCAUCAUAUAGUAUUUUUGAAAUUAAAAUUGAUUUAACAUUUG